AUGAUAAAAGUAGUAUUUCGUUUGAUUUGGAGACAAAGCAAGACUAUGAAACAUACCAAAAACCAAACUGUACAGCUUAGUGUGUCAACUGAUGGUGGUCGGACAUUCAAUAAAGCCCAUUUGCCGACUAUACAAGCAGAAAGGUUUUAUUCAGUUUUGGAAGUUGAAGAUGAUUCAGCGUUUGUUCAUGUGGAUGCACCUAAUGACACUGGUUAUGGAGCAUUAUUUAUAUCCGAUAUCAGUGGUGCAAUAUUUAGUGAAUCACUACGACAUCAUUUAUACCCAAAUCAUGCACCUGUGACAGAUUUCUAUCGUGUAGCAUCAAUGCGUGGUACAUACUUGGCUACACGUUUAAAUCCAGAUCGUACAUUGUAUACAGUGAUUACACAUGAUCGUGGUGCGAGUUGGCAUCCUUUAGGAACACCGAUUAAUGUUCAAGAUACUUGUCAAAGUAAACCAGCAACAUCAACGACAUCGUCAACAACGACAACAACCACAGAUGCGACGGCAGAGGCAACAAUAACAGAGACUACAUUUAAUGAUGCUACUAUGUCUACUGUCAAGGUCAAUAAUAAUCAUAAUAAUAAUACGAUGGGUAAUGUAGGUAGUGAAGACAUCAGUGAUGUAAUCAGUACAUCUGAUAACUCUUUGAGUUCGACAACAAAUAACCCUUCAAGAGAUCCUGUACAGACAAAUAUUGAGAAUUCUACUCCAAGUGAAAUAUGGAGACCUGAUCCAAAUAUGAGUGAUUUAUUGUCUACAGACCCAUCAUCAGUAAAGGUUUGUGGUUUACAAAUAAGCAAUCAAUUCAGCAUUAAAAAUCGUGUUAUCGCUUCUCCACCAUUGUCAAUAGCCGCAGCACCGGGACUGAUAUUAGCUCAUGGACAUGUGGCAACACAUUUGAAAAAUACACCAGCCGAUGUAUUUGUCAGUUCUGAUGGUGGAUAUACAUGGCUUAAAGCACUUGAUGGACCACAUCAUUAUCAAAUAGCUAAUCGUGGAGGUUUAAUUGUAGCUGUCCCAGCUGAAACUCUAUGGCCAGAUGUAUUACGUUUUAGUACAGAUGAAGGUAAAUGUUGGCACACUAUUCCUUUACGUACUGGACAAUGGAGUAUUAAUGAAUCAAAUCGAUAUCAAGUUAACAAUAAUGAAGAUGAUUCAAUGAAAAGUCAAGCUCAUCAUGAUGAUAUGUUGGAUGAUAGUGAAGAAUCUCUGGAUAAGAUUAAAUCAGCUUCAGUGAAAGUAACAGAUAUACCUUCUCCAACUGAAGGACAAAGGAUUGUUUUUGAUAAAAAUACAAUUCCUAUUACCACUGGAUCAAGUUCGGAUGCUGUCCCUCAUACAACGACCACGAUAACUACUAUUACUACUUCUACUACUGUUAAUGCCAGUACAAUAAAUAAUAUCAAUAAUGGUACUAAUAAUAUUUCACCUAUGAGCACUACUAUAUCGUCACCUACAAAUCAAAUGCAUGCAGACAGUCAUCAUCAAUUUCAAACCAAUGAUGACAAAUGGUCAUCUGCAUCAUCAUCAUCUUCAUCCCAGAGAACUGAUGAAAUAGUUGUGUUCACUGGAUUAGUUACAGAACCAGGUGGUCGAGCUAUGGCUGCUGCUGUGUACGGUUAUGGUACAGCUACACAAAGAUGGAGAGUAGCAGUGGUUGAUUUUCGAACAAAUGGAAUGAUCAAACGGAAAUGCACAUCGGAUGACUAUGAAACUUGGAUACCGCACUCAUCUAAUGAAGGUGGUAAAGACGGUUGUUUACUUGGUGUUCGUGAACAAUUCAAACGAUUGAAAAAAGAUUCUCUUUGUGCAAAUGAAUAUGAAAUGGAAACGCGUGUACAAGUGGAAUUUUGUCCAUGCACUCAAAGUGAUUAUGAGUGUGAAUACGGAUUUUAUCGUCAACCGGGAUCAUUAAAUUGUAUUCGAAAUCCGUAUAUUCCACCAUUAGAUCCUUGUACAUUACCAAGAAAACAACGUCAAACUAUUCAUCAAUUAGGUUAUCGUUUAAUACCAGGUGAUCGUUGUAUUGGCGGUUGGCAGCCUCCAGUAUGGAAUCAAACUAUUUUAGAUUUAAUCAAAUCAUGUCCAUACGAUAAUGCUGAUGAUGAUGAUAAUUCUUCAAUUACACGUAAUUCAUCUGCAACAAUUAUUUCCAUUAUUCUACUUAUACUUGGUGUAAUGAUACUACUUAUUUUAUGGAUUAAAUCAAAUAAUCAUAGAAUGAUAAACAAUGCAUCAAAUUAUAGUUUUGAUAGUAGACAUUUUAAAGUGAAUACAAGUAAUGCAUUAAAUCGUUUACAUAAUUGGUUUAUACCAUGGAAAAGAAAUAAUUUCACUGGAUUUAUAAACAAUAAUAAUAAUAAUAUCGAUGGUUGGAAUAAUACAGAUAGAAUGUCUUCAACUUAUAAUGAUAGUCGAACUAUUUUAUGGCCACCUACAUCUACCACUAAUUCAUCAAUGCAUAAACAAACUAUGAAUUCAAAUCUACUUAAAAUCAAUUGUAUACAACCAAAAAUAUUCCAUAAACAAAUAAAAACUACUCAAAUGAGUAGUAAUAAUAAUAAGGAUAUUCCUCAUUUAUCAGAUCCCAAUAGUAAUAAUAAUAAUAAUAAUAAUACAGUGAUUAUACCAAAAAAGUCUAUUUCAAUUCCAACAUUCAAAAAAGGGAACAGCGGUGUUCUACAUCAAUAUUUUCAUCGUAAUGAUACAGAUAUGACUAAUUUAUUAGAAGCAGAAGAAAUUCCAUCUACAUCUUCAUUAUUAUCAUUAUCAUCAAUGAAUAUAAUUACUAAUAAUAAUAGUAGUAAUACUUGUAAUUUGAAACAAUCAUUCGAUGAUCCAUUAACUUCAUUUGCAUAUAAAAAUUCUUUAAUAAAAUUAUCCAAUGGAUCGACAAGAGUAUACAAUAAGAAUAAUGAAUGUAAUACCUCGUCGGUUACUAAUACUGCUAGUAAUAAUAAUAAUAAUAAUAAUCAUUCUGGUGAAUUACAUCAAACUAUGCUACAACAAAGUACACCAUUCACUAAUCAUCAUAAAGACAUUUUAGAUCAAUAA